UCGCUAUCCUCAUUAAGGAUAAACAAGCUGACGCGAGCUCACGGUACCAUAGGCCAUUCAUCAUUUCCGGUUAUUUUAACAAGUCAUCUCCCUUUAUCAUUCCCCUUCACUUUUUGGCGUUUGUAGCAAUUCGAACUUUUCGAUAGUAAAAGAGAUUGCCGCCUGCAAUAGAAUAAUACAUGGAGUCCGUUUAGCAGGUACAUCGCCGUCAAAUGAAGUGAAAUCCGACAGUCCCUCGAUUUAGAACUUGGCUAAUAACCCCGGAAACUACCUAAGGAACAUGGACACGCCGCAGUAUCCCGGCUACCCAUCCCACUACUGGUAUCCUCAGUCCCAUUCCGCGGGUCACUAUGCAAAUACUUAUCCUUCUGGAUCUGAUGGCCAGCCGCAGUAUAAUCCCCAGGUGAUUUCUGGAGGUUAUCCAAAUGGCCAUGGGGUCUACAGCCCAGCACAGAGUCAAUAUUCCACAAGUGGUUUCCAUCCAUCCAAUCCUUUCUACUGUGCUGAUCCUCAGAGACCACCUCCAGUUUCUUACUCUAAUCAGAGCUGUCCUGCAGAGCAAAACAGUGGGGCAGCAGGACAGCCCCACUCACAAAACCAUCACUAUCCUGGUAUUCACUGUCAAGGGGGUCCUGGAUAUCCUCCGGGGCCAUAUUCUCACUACAGUGAAGGUGGGCAUGCAAUGCCUCCAAACCCGCUAUACACACGCACGACUGAUGUUUGGGAACACCAAGGGACGUAUGCUCCUACACAGCAGCAAUGGCAGCCUGGUCAACAGCUUCCUCAAAACCAUUAUGGAAAUCCUGUACGUCCGUUACACCCUCCUGCUUGGCCAGGGACUGGAACCGGUGCGCCACCACCUUACCAACCUAAGGACCAGCGCACCCCACAGGUUGGACCUAAGCCCAGAACAACUGCAUCCCCAAGUCGCACCAAUGGGAAACCCACAGAAAUUAGUUCACCUCCCCAAAUGUACAACAACGCAGGGCGAAUUGAUCAAAAUCACUCACAAGGUGAGCCCCCACCCUCUGCACCCAGUCAGUCAUUGGCUCCAGACAACCCUGGACCUCAGCCUGUGAGCGACAACCCCAGUUUAGCUCGAGUUCAACAAAUCAUGGUUAGGGUGCUACUUCUUCAGGAAGAUGUUGAUGAGUUUGUAGGGAAAAAAACGGACAAGAGUUAUCGAUGCCUGGAGGAACUUCUUACCAAAGAGCUGCUUGAGCUGGACUCUGUGGAGACUCAGGGACUUGAAAAUGUCCGUCAAUCUCGGAAGGAGGCUGUGCAGAGGAUCCAGGCAAUUCUUGACCAGCUGGAAAAGAAAGCAUUCUAAAGUGGAUCUUCUUUGAACUAGUGUUUGAACACAUUUUCAAAAAUGACUAGUAAGCUGUUGGUAUGUGUGAUGCGUGUCAAUACAGUAGAUCAACACAUCUGUUUUUGUACAUAUUGUAAGGAACUUUCAAAUCAGUCAGACUGAAUUAUUCUUUUGCGUUAUUCAUACCUGAAAAGAGAAUUAUUCAUUGCCAUUCCCAACUUGUUGCUAACCUUCAACGAGUGUUUCAGAAUCAUUUAAUCAUAUUGAUGUAUGUCAGUUUAAAAAUGGUCGUCUGUCCCAAACAACAUAAACAUUGCCUUAACUGCCCAUUAGUUUGUCACAGUCCAGUUGCAUGAUAUUGUAGUCACUGAUAGCCAUCAAUGAGGCUAUUGCAGUAAUGUAGGUGUUCGUAUUAAUUUUCCAUUAUGCUCUCCGUUUUGCAUGCACAACACUUUUACAACCUCGUUAUUGUUAUAAUUGGACCAUCAAUGACAAAUGAGUUUAAAAAAAAAGAAAGCUCCCUGAAGCUAUCAAUUCUUUUGUCUCUGCCGUGAUUUCCAAAAAUGUAUUUCCUCUAAUAUCCAUUCAAUUGUGAAGAUCCCAUUUAACUUGUUAUGAAUAAGUGUUGAUUGCAGCACCAGUUUUUUUUUUUUUUUUGUCCAUUAUUUAACUUCAGAAUAUUGUACCAUUUUUCUCCAAGUUAGCAAAAUAGGUAUUUUCCCCUGAAAUAAUACAGAUGUGUUGGACUAUGCAGUGCCAUAUUUCAAAGGAUGUUGAAUAUACUAUAUUUAAAAAGUAAAAAAAAAAAGUAAAAGCAAUGCAUGGAAAAUCAUAUCUGUCUAAAGUAUUCAUUUCCUUGUGCUGUUACAUGGAGCCCAACUGUAAAAUGUCAGAUGUAUUGCAUGUUUCAAACACAAGAUGGAAAUACUUGGCUGAUUAACAGUAAAAAAAAAAAAUGCCACUGUUGAGAAUUCUCAGAAAUAAUAAAAUAUGAAUUAUAUUUUUAAUCCGGUGAAGUAGU